AUGAGUGCGAUGGAAGACGAGGUCGAUACUGAUAUGCUCUUCCAUGAUGGUAUAGAACCUUCUGGCAGUCAACAUGCUUCUCACUCCGGCGGCCCUCAACUCAGCCGCUCGAGCAAGCAUCACGACGUAAUUACGCGAAUUGAAGCAGUCUUCGAAACCGUAGCAGACGCUCUUCUCAACGAAAGAGCUGAUAUUACAAUCUCACUCUCCUCCCAAUCCUCUGACACACUCCAAGAAACAUCUGUCCGAGCUCGCAAAGCAAUUUUUACAUUUCCUGGGAAGACCGCUAAUGACGCCUGGAGAUUCUCUGUGGUGAUCCGAAUUCUGGUCAUCAUACACGAAUCGCUCUCGGACGAUGUCAUUCUGACUAAGCGGCAAGUGAUGCAGUCAACUGUAGACCGCUAUGUUGACCAGAUCGCUGCCGCCUUCGCAUUACCUAGGUCGUGUCUCAAUGUGACCGCUGGAGUCAAGGGCAUCAUGGCUGGCGCUGCUGUGGUUCAUCGGCGAGACGGUUCAAAAAUUGACCUUAGCACCGUGCAGAGCAGCAUUCUUAUACCAAACAUGGAAGAAGUCCUGUCCGUGGAUCUGAGCCGGGUUAGAUGGGUGCUUGUCAUCGAGAAGGAGCUCGAAGCUUUCCCGAGCAGUUGUUCUAAUGGGACCGACAGNGGUAAGGGAUAUCCAGACAUAGCGACAAGAGCAAUGACUCGCUUCAUGACGGUGGCUUCACCGCAAAAUGGCUUCGCGGAACCUCCAGUCUUUGGCCUUGUUGACUAUGAUCCAGACGGGUUAGCGAUAUUACACACGUACAAGCACGGUUCCAAGAAGAUGUCCGAAGACAAUGCCGCGCUAGUCGUGCCGAGGAUCCAAUGGCUAGGCCUACACAGUCAAGCCAUCACAGAUGUAGACCACACCCAUCGUAACCAAGGACUAAUGGCUUUGACAUCGAGAGAUCGUCACAAGGCAAGAAAAAUGCUUGAAUGGGAACAGCAUGUCAGCUUCGUUGAAGGGGUACAGUGGCGUCGAGAACUGCAGGCAAUGCUGAUGUUGAACCUCAAAGCAGAAAUGCAGAUUGUCGAUUCUGAUUCAUCCGGUCUGAUAAACAUGAUCAAGAAUGCUGCAUACGAUGACAGCUGUAUGUGA